AUGGUCUGGGAGGACGAGGCGCCGUUACUACCAACGGCGCACCUCCGUGCACGCAAUGCAAGCAGCUUCAGUGUGUCCGAUUCUCACGACGCACUCUGCGACUCUCCCCGAUCUCCCCGUUCACGCCUGACAAGCGCGUUCCAUAAAGAAAAAAAACGGAUCGCCCGAUUUCGACGAUUCUCGUCCAUCCCUUUAUCCGCGCUAAUUGCGGGAGCGCUAAUUGGUGGCUUUAUUCUCGGGUACUACACCCAAUUAGUGCUCUUUUUCUGCCGCGUCCGAUUAGGGUUCCAAGCAGCGGUCUUGCCAAUUGUGGAGUAUACACGUACUGAAAUUGGAUAUCGAGGCGCCCAGUCGCUCUUGCAAGACCAGACGCAGCGUGUGUUGUUUGUAUGCGAGAGGACCAAUUGGGACUUUGUUGGCUUGAUUGUAAGUCCAGAGACGCUUGUGUUUGCCCAUCAAGAUGUGACGAUUCCACUGGCUCUAGAAACCAGUCUCCGAGUAGUACGUCAUGCUGGAGUGGACAGUUACUUGAAUCUCCAUAAUAAAACCGUGACGAUCAUGAGUCACAUCCAAAAGAUGGACGCUGGCAACCACUUCUUGAAACAGGACGAUGAAGCGGUGAUUUACUGGCCGCAGUAUUACGAGUGCUUGCAGAGGUGCACGGACUUGGACUCGUGCUAUGCUGGCGACAUGCACGUGAAUAUUGGUGACGUGUCGAACACGAACUCGUACGUGUUUGCCACGGGAGGCUCGUACUUUGUGGGGAGUGCAGUGAUGAAGUGCAUUUUGGACAACCCGAUUUAUGUCGAGCUUGAAGGACUUGAUUAUGGUGAAGACAAGACGGUCGGGAAGAUGAUCCACUAUAACGGCUGCAAAGUGCAGUACGUGAGCUGCAAGUGGUUCAACAAUGAGGAAGUGUACUUGCCCCAUGCACAAAUCAAGAUGACAAAAGGCGUGGCGACAGGGGUCCGUAAGAAUAUAGUCUUGGGAGGCCGAGAACAGUAUCCACAAGUUUCGCACGCGGAACUUGGAAAUACGGUAAUUCUUCUGGACGAGAACGACGGGAAGCCACGACAGGACGGCGUGUGGGAUGCACGCGAUAUGGCUGUCUAA